AUGAAGCAGCAAAAUGUGAUUCUUUUCGAAGUCACUGACUCAUAUUUUAGCUUGUUGGAUGAAUGGAUAUUGUUGAGUGUACGCGAUAAACCUGAGUGGAGAUUAGGAGAAAGACACGUGAACUGUGGAUGGCGCGCUGCGAAAACGAUUCACGAAUUGAAAUGCGGUCAGAGUGCGUUGGUGCUGUCAGCCGUUCGAUACGGACCGGAUCGUUGCGGUGAUAUCGAAACUCUGAACGAAACCCUCAACUUCAUGAGAUCUCUUGACUAUGCGUACAUUGGUGAGUGUAUAUCAAGUUGGGCUGACGACAAGGGCGUUCUCUCUGUAUAUCGUGCUUUCGAUGGCGGUUCACUUCGAGAUCACCUCUAUAAGAGUAAUUGGCGAGAUGAAUUCUUCGUGAAAUAUUGCGUUGAUCGUACAGUUUAUUCGUUGGAGAUUGUCGAUAUUCGUUUCAUUUGUCGUCAAAUACUAGAAGCAUUGUCGCUGUUUUGUGCGCUCUCAAUUCCAUUUAUUGAUAUACACAGUGGUAAUAUAUCGAUAUCAGAUUGUGGAUGUGAACUGAUCGAUGCUGAACAAGAACCAAUACUUAAAUCAAUAUUCGCGCCCGAAACACGUUCUUUGCCCACUCUUGUCGAGCUCAUCAGCAAUGAGUUAGUUGGUUAUAUUUGCGAAGAAAGAAGAAUAUUUGAUUGUUGUUAA